AUGGAGGAACUGCUGCAGGGCCUGAACUGCAGCCUGCGGGUGUCGGGGAAGAUCGGCGACUCCAUCAUGAUGGGAAUCAUCAGCGCUGCCAUGGAGGAAGCCUACGAGAGGAUCCUCUGCUCCAGGGAAGGCGGCCUGGAGUGCCUCAACGACAAGUCUAGGUUCUGCGGGCUUGCCAUCAUGCAGCUGGAGUGGUGCCUCUGGUUCCUGGAGGAGGAGAUGGAUGCCUGCGGCGUCGAGAGCGACGACGAGCGGCAGGAGCUGAUCAGCGACCUACGCGCAACCAGGGACCGCAUCCGCCGCCGGCUGGAGGAGACUGAGUCCGCCAUCGCCGACAAGGAAAAAGAGCUGGUGGGGAUGAGCGAGAGGGAGUCGGAGCUCCGCCGCGCCCUGGAGUCCAAGGACGAGGAGCUUCACUCUCUGCGCGCUUCCCUCGGGCAUGACAGAGCCAGACGUAGCAGCCCGCCAAAAGGAGGCACCGUCGGCAACGGCGGCGAGGCCGCGCUCAGCGAGCUGAAGAGCAUCAUCAUCCACCAACUUGACGGGCUAUCGUGUGAGCUGACCGAGGGAGAAGCCCAUCUUUCUGACGCAAUUCAGAGGCUCGGCGAGGAAGACGACGCCUGCGAAAACUUCUCCGAUAGAGGUGAGACUGGGCAGAACUCAUACGCAAAGAACCUGAGGAAUCUGGCCAGAAGAAAUGUGGAGAAACUGUUCAAAAAACUUAGCCUGGGGAUGAGCAUCCUCAGGAGACGGCUUCUCCUUACCUUUGAGGUAGCAGAAGAGGCAAUCUUCUUCUCCGAGGUAGCUGGGGAUGAACAGCAGCUGCUUCAUAAACUUGAGGACGAAACCCUUCACAUCCUUCUCGAAAACUUCCUGAGAGAUGUCAACGAGAACGAUGCCCCAGCAUUUAUAAAUGGGAACUCUGGAACGACCAUCAUGGAAGAACUAGGCCAAGUUUUCUUGAACCCAGCAGCCGAAGACAUCAGGAGCUUCGCUAGUGUUGCCUUCGAAGGAUCUGGAGAGGAAUACUUGCCAUGUCUUAGUUCUUCUCUUCAGGUUCCUUGGAUCAGCGAUGAGGGGUCAACCGCAUUCACCUUGGAAGGUCUCCUCCCUUCUCUUAAUUCAGAAACUAUGGAGCCACAGAUUUACCAGGCUGAGCCUCUGGAUGAUGAAGCAUUCUGGUCAGUGAGAAGUAAGCUGGAGAAGGCCUUGCAGCAGAUAGCCAUGAGCAGGAUGCAGCUGAGAGAGCUCGGGUCAGAUCUGGGAGUACCUCUCGACGAAAAGGAGCAUGCAGUUGAUGAUAUUAUCAGACAAGAAAAAGAAGAAACCUCAUCCGUCUCCAUGCAGAACAGAGAGAAUCAGUGGGGUGAGAUUCAGUCUGUGAUUACCCAUCUUACGUGUUUCUCACAGGAUAUCUUGGAUCUUUUAGGAACAGUCUGCGCAAAAGUGCAAGAAAACAUGUCAAGGUGCUCAUCUCCAUUAAAGUUCCUCGUCCAGUUGAACCAACACUUUGUUUUUCUCGAGAAUUCAGGAGAAUAGAAGAAAAUAUGAUACCUCUGUUUUUAUAAACGUCGAUCACGGCGACAACAAGACAUCAUGGAGUGUUUGGACAGCAGAGACUGAGUUCUCAUGAUUUUCACUCAUCCUAAAUUGUAAAGAAGAGACUGAUUGAGGGUUUUACAGGUUAGAAGGAUUGAACUGUCAACUGAACCUUCUUGUUCAACAGGCAUCCUCACUGAGGGGAACAGAGUUGGUAUAUCGGAAAGCUUUUAUAAGGAGAUGCUAUAAUCUCCAAAUCGCUGAAGCUGAGGUUAGCCCGGUUCUAGCAGCCUUAUGUCUGCUUAAAUGCGCAUAAAAUCUGAUAAAGAAAGAAUUUCCACGGUGCAUCUUGUCUUCUCUUAUGCUUUUUAUUUCUCAUCAUGUGUAUUGUCAAUGGUAAACAUAUGUGUGAUCAACUCCAUUGUUGUCAUUAUUAUGAGAUUAAUUCAAAAUUCCUGGAAUCUUCUAGGUUGACUUGCUGGGGGAUGAAGUUGAUACACUCAUCGGUCUUCUUGAGAAGAUAUACCUGGUGUUGGACUACUAUUCUCCAGUUCUGCAAUAUUAUAAUGGGGUAAUCAUUUGUCAUGUGAGAGUGGUUGCACCUUCAUGGAUAAUAAUUAUACAUCUAUUGUCAUGUUGUUCUCGGUUAAUGAAAAAAUUCCCAGAUAAAUGGAAUCACUAAAAGUAGUAUCUUUUCUUCCAAGAAGGAUGAUAUGCCCUUUAGUUUCUCCCAUGAGAUUUUCCUUGCAUGUGUUGCCUUUAUGUAGAGAACCUCCCUAUGGAAAGCCAGAUCACGUUAGGCUGAUCAUGAUCUGCAUAAGCCCAGAUCAAUUUGAUUGAAUGAUUUUUCCCUGGAUCAGCAAUAUAAAAAUGUACAAUAAAAUAAUAAAAUAAUUGAAAUUGAUAUGCGAAACAAGCGCUGGCGGUAUGGUUUAAGGGACGUAAAUUAAUCGACUUGUCUAUACUUAUCUUUCCUUAUUUAAGCAAAUAGAUGUGACCAUCCACAAGUGGAUGAUUCUGACUCUUGGAAAUUUAAGGAAUAUCCACCUCGUAGCUACUUAACAAUGUUAUUUACACUCAUGCAAAGGAUUAAAGGAUGCAACCGUUUAUGCAUGAACCCUACUUGUCUAUAUUUCUGUUUCAAAUUUAAUACAUGUGUUCAUCCCAAAGUGGAUACUUCGUGAUCUACUUGGAUAUUUAAGUAAUAUUCACCUCGGUCCUAGUCCCCCUUGAGAGUCUUGUCUCCAAGAAAUGGCAUCAUGUGACACGAGAAAUUUUAAGUUACAUACGAAUCUUCAUAUCAGGAAGCCCACAAAUUACUGGUACUUUCUGCUCUCUUAAAAUACUGAAUAAUGGGUCCACUCUCAAAUGGUUAAAAACUUCUAAACGAGAAUUGAGCAUCUGUCCUCUUGUGAGGGUAACAAGCUGAUGAGUUUUGUAGAGAGAUAAAAUCCAAAUGUUUUUUUUGGGAGCCUCUGAAGGAGUGACUGCAGUUAUUCAACCUCUGGUAAACAUAGAAUCUUGCUUAUAGCAUUAUUACAUACGAACUUUGGCCAAUUUAAUACUUUCUUGAGGCUCAAAAGGUGUAAAGAUUGUCUGAUUGUACUAAAUCAUCACUAUCUUUAGUACAUCUCCUUGUAGAAAUUUUCUAUAAAUUAUAUAUAUCCCUUUUAAAAAAAAUGUUCUCUCAUUUACUGCAUAUCAAAAUGUUCAAAAUUUAAAUCAUGAUGAGUCUUAGUCAACCCAUGUUGAUAAUUUCCUUCAAACCAUCUAUUACAAUCGUGUAAACUGACAGUGGCUUGUGUGCUGUUGCUACAGAUAAUGGGCAUCCUAAAGAUGAUUAAAAAGGAGUUAUUUGGUGAUGUAUCAGCUGGAUCACACAAGUGA